AGCUAGAACUUUAACAGAGCAUAACUCUUGUUCACCCUUGAGCCCUAGUUUUUGGUCAUUACACCAAAUGUGGUUCAAAGGUUUGUGAGGAUAAUUUUUUUGGGCUGUUUUUUGCUAUUAUUGAUGAUGAAUCAUUGAUUCUGCCUUGCUAUUCUUAUCAUGGGUGUUCAUCAAUUAGGCUUAUUGAUUUGAUUAUUAAAAACAUCAUGCUUUGUUGCAUCUGUUUCUUGUGCUUCUUUAGUUCCAUAUAUACAAGUUUCUCACCAUCAGUUCAUGGCUGUCAGCAGGAUUAAGGGCACACCAAUUGUUUGCUGAAAUUACCCAGAUGGAUAGCUAUACAGAUUUAGUAACUUUAGUGUUCUUAGUUUUUAUCAUUUGCAGCCCCACAGAAGCUCUAAAUCAGGAGGGGAUCAGCCUUUUGGAAUUCAAAAGAUCUCUUAUGGACCCUUACAACAAUCUCCAGAGUUGGAAUUCUUCUGAUGUGAAUCCUUGCAAUUGGGCGCAUAUAGCGUGCAAUGAAUAUCACAAGGUAACUAAUGUAGAUCUUCAUGGCCUCUAUCUCUCUGGAAGCUUAUCUUCCUCCAUCUGUCAGCUUCCUGCUUUGAAGGAACUGAACGUCUCUGCAAAUUCCAUUUCUGGUCAUAUUCCUGAUUUUUUGCAUUGCCAUAAUCUGGAGGUAUUAGACUUGUGCACCAAUCGUUUUCAUGAUCGCUUCCCUUCUCGAUGGUCUUAUUUGGCCUCCCUUAGGAAGCUUUACCUGUGUGAGAAUGAUGUAUAUGGAGAAGUCCACGCAGAGAUCGGAAGCAUAAGUUUUCUCGAGGAGCUCGUACUUUACAGUAAUAAUCUCACUGGAAGGAUUCCAAACUCAAUUGGUAAACUGAAAAUGCUUAAAAUUAUUAGGGCGGGGAAAAAUUAUUUUUCGGGUCCAGUUCCUGCUGAACUGGGUGAAUGUGAGAGUUUACAAGUCAUUGGGUUGGCAGAGAACAUGCUAGAGGGGCCAUUUCCUGUAGCACUUCAAGGGCUUGAGAGUCUCACUCACUUGUUCCUUCGUACAAAUUCUUUGUCUGGUGUGAUUCCUCCCGAAAUAGGAAACUUCAGUAACUUGGAAAUACUUGCGCUGGAUGAUAAUUUAUUCACUGGACCCCUUCCCAAAGAGAUAGGGAAGUUAACAAAGCUAAAGUCGUUCUUCAUUUUCAGAAACCAUUUGAACGGAACCAUUCCAUGGGAAAUUGGGAAUUGUUCUAGCGCUAUUGAGAUUGAUUUUUCGGAAAAUCUCUUGGGUGGGAUUAUUCCUAAAUCCUUGGGCCGAGUUUCUAAUCUCCGGCUGCUUCAUCUUUUUGAAAAUCAAUUACAUGGAAAUAUCCCAAGAGAACUUGAAGAACUGAAGAAGCUUGAGACGUUGGACUUAUCUAUAAACAACUUGACAGGUCUGAUUCCUUUGGGGUUUCAGAAUCUUGAAUCCUUGAAGAAUAUACAACUUUUUGACAACCAUCUUGAUGGAUCUAUCCCACCAUUACUUGGGGUGAAAGCUGCCCUGUCCGUUCUGGUCCUGUCAAGGAACAAUCUAAUAGGAAGCAUCCCUCCCACACUUUGCUGGUUCCAGAAACUGAGAAUUCUUAGCCUUGGUUCAAAUAAGUUGUCUGGAAACAUGCCUCACAGCCUAAAAACCUGCAAGUCUCUUGAGCAGCUGAUGCUAGGAGGUAACCUGCUCACUGGCACUCUUUCUGUUGAAUUGUGCAAACUUCAGAAUCUUUCCGCUCUUGAGCUUUAUCAAAACCGGUUCACUGGACUGUUGCCCUCGGAUAUUGGGAACUUUAGGAGGUUAGAAAGAUUGCUCCUGUCGGACAACUAUUUUCUUGGGCAUAUCCCUCCCGAAAUAGGGAAACUUGUUAGGCUUGUUACUUUCAAUGUCUCUUCAAACAGAUUAUCUGGGGCGAUUCCUCGUGAGUUGGGUGAUUGUAUCAAGCUCCAGAGGCUUGAUCUUAGCAAGAACUGGUUUACCGAGAACCUUCCCGAUACACUGGGUUUGUUAGUAAAUUUGGAAUUGCUUAAGCUAUCAGACAACCGAUUCAUUGGGAAGAUUCCACAUACAUUGGGGAAAUUGGCAAGGCUUACUGAACUGCAAAUGGGUGGGAAUUUUUUUUCUGGCGAAAUCCCUAUUGAGCUUGGCCAACUCACAGCUCUUCAGAUUUCUCUCAAUAUUAGCCAUAAUGCUCUGACUGGAUUGAUUCCUAGAAAUCUGGGAAACUUGCAGUUGCUUGAAUCACUGUACUUGAAUGACAAUCAACUUACUGGUGAGAUUCCUGGUUCAAUUGGUGAAUUGAUGAGCCUCAGCGUUUGCAACCUUUCUAACAAUAACCUGGUAGGGGUAGUGCCAGACACCCCCCUCUUUCGAAAAAUGGACUCCAGCAAUUUUGAUGGAAAUGCAGGUUUAUGCAAAUUGGACUCACCAAAUUGCUUCCCCUCUCGAACGCCAUUACCAUCUUUGAAUCCAAGUUGGAUGAAAAAGGUUACGUACAGAGAGAAAAUAAUUAUCAUUUGCUCAGCAGCUGUUGGAUUGGUGUCUUUGAUCUUCAUUGUCGGUAUUUGUUGGAUGAUGAAGAACCACACAAGAUCCAUUGUCUUGGUAAACAAUCAAGUGGAUGCUGAUUCGGCGAAUGAACAUCACACUCUCCAAAAAAGAUACACUUUUCAGGACUUUGUCAUAGCCACUCAGGGUUUUUCAGAAAGUGCUAUCAUAGGAAGAGGAGCCUGUGGUGUUGUCUACAAGGCUGUUAUGACCAAUGGAGAGGUGAUUGCUGUUAAGAAGCUGAAGUCUGGAGGAGGAGGGAACAUAGAGAACAGCUUCACUGCCGAACUAUCAACACUUGGAAAUAUCAAUCAUAGAAAUAUUGUGAAACUCUAUGGUUACUGCUACCGUCAUGACUCUAGUCUUCUCUUGUAUGAGUACAUGGAAAAUGGAAGUCUGGGGGAAAUUCUUCAUGGGAAUAAAGAAAAUUGUAUACUGAGCUGGAAUGACCGGUACAAGAUUGCUCUCGGAGCAGCUGAGGGUCUGUGUUACCUCCACCAUGAUUGCAAGCCACAGAUCAUCCACCGUGACAUAAAAUCAAACAAUAUCUUAUUGGAUGAAAUGCUCGAGGCACACGUGGGAGAUUUUGGUUUGGCAAAGCUAAUUGACAUGCCAUACUCAAAAUCAAUGUCAUCUGUAGCUGGUUCAUAUGGCUACAUUGCACCCGAAUAUGCAUACACACUGAAAGUUACCGAGAAAUCUGAUAUAUAUAGCUUUGGAGUCGUUCUGCUGGAACUAGUUACUGGAGGAUCUCCAGUUCAACACAUUGAUCAAGGAGGAGAUCUAGUAACUUGGGUGAGAAGAUCAGUUCGUGAAGGAGCGUCAAUCUCUUGUGUAUUUGACAAACGGCUUGAUUGUCUUUUGGGGAGAACAACGGAGGAGAUGUCUUUGGUUCUCAAGAUUGCAUUGUUCUGUACCAAUAUAUCUCCCCUCAACAGGCCAACGAUGAGGCAAGUAGUUGCGAUGCUGAUUGAUGCCAGGGAAGCAAUGAGCAAUUCACUGCCCUCUCCAACAUCAGAAACUCCAUUAGAUGAUGAUGAUGAUGAUGAUGAUGAUGAUGACAACCAAUCUCAUAAUAACAGUGGUGCAAUUAUUACUAAUUAAGCACCACAGUUAUGCCUCACAUCGCCUCUGACUAGCAACUUUCUAAGAGAUCCAUUGGUUUUCACAUGGGAGAUAAUGAAUACAGAGCAUGCUCUUUCCAUCUAAUAGUAUCCAGGAUUCCAAAUUACAGAUUACUUCAAGCUUUUAGAUAGAGUUCAUCUGGCAUAUAAUUUGCAUAGCUUGUACAUAUGAUUUACACCUUGAGUUAAUUUUGUAAGCAUAUAAUUGAAUGUUGGAUUCUCCGUUUCCCACCAGCAAUGAAUUUUUUUACCCUUU